AUGUUCAUGCAGGAUGCCGAAUUAAUAAGUGUUGUUAUUUUAAGUGAUGUUGGACGUGACUCAUCUAUGACUGAACCGGCUAUAAGUAGCACUUCUCAAAUUCCGUGGAGCUCUGUAACUUUAGGACAAUGUGUUAUUAUUAUGGAAUUUAUACUGACAAUCCGACAAUUGAGACUACAACCUGAG